GAACGCGAGACAGCUUUUUUACCUCGGAGUAUCGAUGACAUCAACCACCUCCUAUUCUCCCCUUUGAGCGUGCAGCCGACGAAAGCUUGGGCAGGAAAAUGGGGGCGCGGAGAUAACGGUGUCGGAAAGGAGGUUUAACCUGCGAGUCACUGUCUCUGUCUCUGUCUCGGUGUCCGGAUACGCGGAAUUACGGUCCAGAGCGGCUCGCGCUUAAGGGGACAUGAAGCGCGAGCACACAUGAAUUUGUCCCAUCGCUGCAAACGGAGCGACAACAAAGGCAUUCAAGUCCAAACUGCUGAAGAUUACCAAAACCAGGACAUGAAGCCCAAACGGAUUUAAAAAGAAAUUGUGUGUGCCUGGACGAUCGUGUGUGCUUCCUCGUCAUGGCUCGCGGCUCACCGGAGGUAUUUCCCUCUGCUCUCUUGCUCCUGCUGGCCCUCCUGCUCUCCUCGCUGUCCAGCACCUGCCAUGCCUUAUCUUCCCCCAAGUUCACGAAGAUCCCGACAGAUCAGAUAGGCGUGUCCGGCGGCGUGGUGUCCUUCGUGUGUCAAGCCUCAGGCGACCCCAAGCCACAGGUCAUCUGGAACAAAAAGGGCAAAAAGGUCAACUCUCAGAGGAUAGAGACCAUAGAGUUUGAUGAAGGAGCUGGGGCGGUGCUUCGUAUCCAGCCACUUCGAGCACCGCGAGAUGAGAACGUUUACGAGUGCGUGGCCCGGAACACUGAGGGCGAAAUCGCAGUCACCUCCAAGCUGUCCAUUAUCCGAGAGGACCUGUUGCCGUUUGGCUUCCCCAGUAUAGACAUGGGCCCCCAGUUGAAGGUGGUGGAGAGAACCCGUACUGCCACCAUGCUCUGCGCUGCCAGCGGCAUCCCCGACCCAGAGAUCUCCUGGUUCAAAGACUUCCUUCCCGUGGAGCCGGCGCUCAGCCAGGGCCGAAUCAAACAGCUACGAUCAGGUGCCUUGCAGAUCGAGCGGAGCGAGGAGACAGACCAGGGGAAAUACGAGUGUGUAGCAUCCAACUCGCAAGGAGUACGCUACUCUGCCCCGGCUAAUCUCUACGUGAGAGGUACGGAUUACAUUCGCCGCGUUCCGCCCCGUUUCACCAUCCUACCCUCGAGUCACGAGAUCAUGCCAGGAGGAAGCGUAAAUAUCACAUGUGUAGCAGUGGGUUCCCCCAUGCCCUACGUGAAAUGGAUGCUGAACUCCGAAGACCUGACGCCCGAAGAGGAGAUGCCGGUCGGACGGAACGUUCUGGAGUUGAACGGCGUCCGCGAGUCAGCCAACUACACCUGCGUGGCUAUGAGCAGCUUGGGGAUUAUAGAAGCUGUGGCUCAGGUCAUCGUUAAAUCGUUACCCAGAGCCCCCGGCACCCCCAUCGUGACUGAGACGACUGCCACAAGCAUCACCAUCACCUGGGAUUCUGGCAACCCAGACCCCGUGUCCUAUUAUAUCAUUCAAUACCGGGCGAAAUCACCCGACAGUAAGUUCGAGACGGUGGACGGCAUCACAACGACACGCUACAGUAUCGGUGGCCUCUACCCCAACACCGAGUACGAGAUCCGCGUCUCUGCGUUCAACACCAUCGGCCAAGGCCCACCCAGCAACAAGGUGGACGCCAGGACCGGGGAGCAGGCGCCGGCCAGCCCGCCUCGGAACGUCCAGGCUCAAAUCAUCUCGCCCAGUGCUGUAACUGUCAGGUGGGAGGAGCCUGAAGAACCCAACGGCCAGAUAAAGGGCUAUCGUGUUUACUACACCACGGACCCAUCUCAGCCCAUGAGCAACUGGAAGAUCCAUAACGUUCAGGAUAGCGUGAUCACCACCAUCCAGAGCCUGGCUCCAUCUGAGACAUACACCAUCCGUGUGCUGGCGUUCACCUCUGUCGGAGAUGGACCCUUCUCUGACUCGGUGCAUGUUAAAGUCCUGCCUGGGGUCCCAGGCCAGCCAGGGAAGUUCCGGGUGGGCAAAGUGAGAGAUACGAGCAUCGAGUUGAUGUGGGAUCCGCCGUUCUCUAAAGAGCCCAUCAAGAGCUACGAGCUCAUUUACAGAGCUGCCAAACACGGCACGCAGGAGAAGAAGGUUUUCGAGCCCAGGUCCUCGUACCUUGUCGAGGGUCUGCGGGCAAACACCGAGUACACCUUCUCUCUGGCGGCCAUUUCCAGCAAAGGCAUCGGAGCCUUCACCAACGAGAUCUUCCAGCGCACUGCCCAAGCCAACGUGCCCAGGAACUUCUCGGUGAAUCUGGCAACCAAGACGAGCGUAUUGCUGACGUGGGAGUUUCCGGAAAGCAGUUCCCCCUACCGCUUUACCGUGGAGUACAACCGUCAGAAGAUGGAGGUGGAUGCUCGAUUGAGGAAGGCCGUGAUCCCCAACCUGAUGCCUGACACCAGCUAUGAUUUUAAAAUCACCAGUCCUGAGGGCAACCUGGGUGGCCUGAGACACCGCAUCCAUGCUAAAACCUCACCUCCCAUGGUCAUCAAUCGGCCCGAGAUCGACCACAGCCGCGACACUGAGACCACCAUCACCAUCAUACUUCCCUCACUGGACACCAGGAACAAUGUUAGGAAUAUCUAUGUGGUGGUGGUUCCACUGAAAAGAGGACGAGGAGGAAACCGGCAUCUGAAGAGCCCUGAUGAAAUGGACUUGGAAGAGCUGUUGAAGGACAUUAGCCAGAAGCAGCACGACCCCCGGCAGAGGCAAAUGGACCUUCGUCGUGCCUACAUCACCGCUCGAUUCACUCCCUCCACCCUGCCUGCGUUCUUCACGCUCGGGGACCAGCUGGACUACGGUGGCUUUGAUAACCGCGCGCUGGAGUCUGGCCAGGAGUACGUCUUCUUUAUCCUCGCUGAACUCAACUCCACCACUGGGAAGAUGUUCGUUGCCAGCCCCUACACAGACCCGGUAAUUGCACCUGACUCAGACCCUCAGCCUCUGGAUGCUGGAGAUGGACUCAUCUGGGUGGUGGGACCCGUCCUUGCCGUGGUCUUCAUCAUCUGCAUCGUCAUCGCUAUCCUGCUGUAUAAGAACAAACCAGACAGCAAGCGCAAAGACUCUGAGCCUGGCACCAAGUGUUUACUGAACAACGCUGAAAUGAUGGCUCAUCACCCCACCGACCCUGUCGAGAUGAGACGCAUCAACUUCCAGACACCAGGUAUGAUGAGUCAUCCCCCCAUCCCGAUCUCCGAGCUGGCAGAACAAACCGAGCUUCUGAAGGCCAACGACAACCUCCGGCUCUCCCAGGAGUACGAGUCUAUCGAUCCUGGGCAGCAGUUCACAUGGGAGCACUCGAACCUGGAAGUGAACAAGCCAAAGAACCGCUACGCUAACGUCAUUGCUUACGAUCACACCAGGGUCAUCCUUGCGCCAGUGAAUGGCAUUAUAGGAAGCGACUACAUCAACGCAAACUACAUCGACGGCUACAGGAAGCAGAACGCGUACAUCGCCACGCAGGGCCCGCUGCCCGAGACGUUCGGAGACUUCUGGAGGAUGGUGUGGGAGCAGAGAGCUGCGUCGAUAGUUAUGAUGACUAAACUGGAGGAGAAAUCACGGAUAAAGUGUGACCAGUACUGGCCCAGCAGAGGCACAGAAACGUACGGCUUGGUGCAGGUCACUCUGCUGGACACCAUGGAGCUCGCCACCUUCUGUGUGCGGACCCUCUCACUGCACAAGAGUGGCUGUAACGAGAGGAGAGAAGUGAGACAGUUCCAGUUCACAGCAUGGCCUGAUCAUGGUGUACCCGAGUAUCCCACUCCAUUCUUGGCUUUUCUGCGCAGAGUUAAAGCCUGCAAUCCUCCAGAUGCAGGGCCUAUCAUCGUUCACUGCAGUGCGGGCGUGGGACGUACAGGCUGCUUCAUUGUGAUUGAUGCCAUGCUGGAGCGUAUCCGUCACGAGCGCACCGUUGACAUCUAUGGCCACGUGACGCUGAUGCGCUCUCAGAGGAAUUACAUGGUGCAGACGGAGGAUCAGUACAGUUUCAUCCAUGAGGCUCUGCUCGAGGCUGUCACCUGUGGCAACACCGAAGUGGCAGCACGCAGCCUCUUCUCCUACAUGCAGAAACUGGAGCAGGUGGAGAGCGGAGAACACGUCACAGGCAGGGCACUGGAAUUUAAGCGCCUGGCGAACACUAAAGCUCACACCUCCAGGUUUGUGACGGCCAACUUGCCCUGCAACAAGUUCAAGAACAGGCUGGUAAACAUCAUGCCAUAUGAGACCACCCGUGUGUGCCUGCAGCCAAUCAGAGGCCUCGACGGCUCUGACUAUAUCAACGCCAGCUUUAUCGAUGGAUACAGGCAGCAGAAGGCAUACAUCGCCACACAAGGUCCUUUAGCGGAGACCACAGAGGAUUUCUGGAGGAUGCUGUGGGAACACAACUCCACCAUCGUGGUCAUGCUGACCAAACUGAGAGAAAUGGGACGGGAAAAAUGCCACCAGUACUGGCCCGCAGAACGCUCUGCCCGCUACCAGUACUUUGUGGUGGACCCCAUGGCCGAGUACAACAUGCCGCAGUAUAUCCUGAGAGAGUUCAAAGUUACAGACGCGAGAGAUGGACAGUCACGGACAGUCAGGCAGUUCCAGUUCACUGACUGGCCUGAACAGGGAGUGCCAAAAUCAGGAGAGGGCUUCAUCGAUUUUAUUGGGCAGGUGCACAAAACCAAGGAGCAGUUCGGACAGGACGGGCCAAUCACUGUCCACUGCAGUGCGGGUGUUGGUAGGACAGGUGUGUUCAUCACUCUCAGUAUCGUUCUGGAAAGGAUGCGUUACGAGGGUGCUGUGGACAUCUUCCAAACUGUCAAAAUGCUGCGCACACAACGACCAGCAAUGGUGCAGACAGAGGAUGAAUACCAGUUCUGUUACCAGGCCGCUCUCGAGUACCUGGGAAGCUUCGAUCACUAUGCAACAUAAAAAGAAGGAAGAACACACUCAUCUCACCAACACCUGUCUCAAUGUUUUACAACGCUACAGAAAUUUUCUUGUUCCAUGAUGCCAUUGCGAAGGGGGGGGGGGGGACAUUUUGAAGUACGAUAACAUCGAGGACUAUUUUGGAGGAGGAAAAAAAAGAAAUGACAAAAUGUUUUCUCUCAAGAGCUUCCCAGGGAAGUUCUGUAUCACAGCAAGCUUAUUACCUCAGUGUUCAGUUAUUGAUAUUAAUGUCGUGGUCGCCUUUUUAGAAAUAUUACAACGUGGAUAAUUAAAUGAAACCUCUUUCAAAACAACAAAAAAAAUUGCGAUAUGUAAAAAAAACAAACAAACAAACAAAAACAAUGAAAUCAAACGCCUGGAAAAUUGCUGCACUCUUCACUGGGAGUUUAACCCGAACUGUUAUUUGCCAAUGAAAAGAUCAGAGGUGAACUCCAGGUCAGCUCCUGUAUGACGAAGGUUUUCAGUGCUGUAAAGGAAGCAGAACUCGUACCUUCUGUGCCUAACGGAGCAACAAUGGCAGAGGGUCAAAGGUUACGGAUUCUCUUGGUUUCGGAGGCGAACGGCUGUAUCACUGACUCUUCUUACACUACAUUAGUAAUGUGAUAUAAUCAGCUUCAGUGUCUCUUUUACUCCUGGUCAUUUGGAGCGCUAUUGUGAUUGAACCUUGCCUUUGAAGAGCUGUCAGAUACGUCUGUAGAUUUUGUCGGUUUUCGACAGAGCGCCUGUGAAUACUGUUAUUCUGAUGUGUGUCACUCUUUCUCUUUCUUUCUCUUUCUCUCUUUCUGUCUCUUUCUCUCUCCACAAAUAUGCUGCUUUAUACCCUGUGUGUGAGACUAUGAGAAAAUAUGAGUUAGCAACGGCUUCAAUUUAGUCCUGAACUCCUGAAAUUGUGGCAAUCCAAGACUGGAGAUAAAGAAGCUGGUUUGGUUUGAGCCCGUAUAAAGACCAUGUAGAUAAAACACGCCCCUUCUUCAGUUCUGGGCCAGUGAUACGUUCAUAAACAGGAUCAUAACUAGGAGCAGUAACAUGACCACAUAUACACCUUGGCAGAAAAUAUAAAGCCAAAGUAUCUUUAAAUCUGAUUGAAAUGCUCCUGCCAACUCUAAAAGUCUCAAGAUUUCUCUCGCAAGUAAAUUUCAAAGCAUUCCUUUACAGUUUUACACGAAACAACGAAAGGCUUUGUAAAUUUCAAUUAAAAACCGAUUGCCAAAAGCAAAAACUGACUGUAGGAGCCAGUACAAGUCAGUUAUUCCAGUUAAUUGAACUGCGCUAGAAGAAAUUGUUAUGUUUUUGUUUAGUGGAGGAGUCGUGUGUAGGCUAUAGCACAAAUGAGUUUCUUAAGUAUAGUUACAGAGGAAUUAGCACAAGCCGUCUGAAACGGAGGAAAACGGAGGACGGUUCCUGUAGGUCUGAUACUCUUCUCGUCAAGAGACUAAAAGUGAGCCUUACUGUCGUCGUCAAAUAUUUAACCAACAUGAUUUUUUAUUUCGUUUCGCUGAUAUUAUGCUUGUAUUUUUAAUAAUAUUUAUAUAUUUUUUUUUUUUUCGAGUACUUGCUGGAAUAUAAUCGACGAGAUGUUGUGUAGUUGGCAAGCUAACGUGACUGUACAUGGUCCCUCUGUACGUUAUUUUGAUAUUUCCUGUACAAUUCUCUCUUAGAGUGUCCUGUAGGAACAGAACAGCACAAGGCCUGGAACGAGCUACAAAAAAAAAAGAGAAAAGAAAAAGCUUAAUAAUUCCCCCAGAAGGGCCAAACAACUUUGUAAUUUUGUAAAAAUGACCAUGUACCAAGAUCAGCUCUCCAAAGUGUCAGUACUAUAAAUACAAUUCUCCCGCUGAUAGGAAUAACUAGCCGAAAAACAAAUGACCGCUAUUUAAAAGUAUUGGAGAGAGAUUAAGGGACAUUAAAAAAACGACUUUUUAAAUCCUAUUAUUUAAAGCACAUACUGAUGGAGUACUGAUGUUAUUUUAACUUAUAUUUAUUACCCUUUACUAUCCAAUCUGCUUAUUUAUACGAGAUUACGGCUGAUGUUUGUUGAUAUAUAGGGAAAUGAUUAUGGUGAGAUUGCACAAUAUACAACCUUACGAUCGAAAUAGCUCUGUAUCAGUGGAGCAUGUGUUCAAAUGCACUUUGCAGAUGAAAAUAGGCAGAAGCGAUAGAGGAGAGGAACUUUUCUCUUCGUCUCUUGAGGUAAAGCACAGCUGAAAGACUUACAAGUGAAAAUGAAACAACUUUAAAGUACACACACACACAUAUAUAUAUAUAUAUAUAUAUAUAUAUAUAGAGAGAGAGAGAGAGAGAGAGAGAGAGCCAGCUUUUGUAAUAUCUUACAGCACAUACAUUGUGAUUCUUUCUCUUUUUUGUUGCGACGUCAAAUUUAAGUAUAUCGGAUCCUUUUAAAGUGAUUCUUUCGAUGAAGUAGUGACAUAAAUAAUGAACAGGAAAUCUAAACACUUUAAUGGAUAAGUAUUCACCGCUCCCCGACUCCUCAGAGACUGAAAUGAGUGCAUUGUCUUUCCGCAGAAAUUAUAGCUCUGAGCUUUGCCAUUUUCUCCCAUUUAUCAAUGCAAAUUUUUCUCCAACUCUCCCGAAAUAGAUGGGGAACAACAAUUGGCAGUAAUUUUCAUUUCAUGAAACAGAUUUUCAACCCGGAUUUAAGUCUAGUCACAGCCACUCUAAAACACAAGACAUCUCUUCUCAAGAAUCUGAUUGUAUUUAAGCUCCAUCCAUGUUGCCCUUGAUGGCAACAAGAUUUCCAAGUCCUCCUGCUGAAAAAUGUUGAUGAUAGGAACGGAGUUAUCUGGGUGUUAGCUGGUUAUAUUUGGUUUACACCAAAACUAAUGCUUUGCUUUCAGAUCAAAAUCCUUUCCUAAAUCUCUCAGGUUUGGUCCCAUGUCUCCUGCCCGAAGGUUAAAGGCUUUUUUUUUAGAGGCUAAUUAAAAUAUUAGCCUUUCUCAGAAAUGGCUUCCUUCUGUCCACUGUCCUAUAGAGGCCAGAUCUCUGAAGAGCUGAUGAUAUUGAUGAGAUCUACACAGGCUGUACUAUUUUAGCCAGUUAUCUCCUUCAGUGUUGUAGCAGGCCUCUUAGACACUUCCUCUUAGACAAUUGCCCUUCUUGGCCCUGCUCUCAGUUUGGAAGGAUGGCCUGAUCCGGUUAGUGUCAGGGUUGUGCCAAAUUUGUUAUAAUGGAUUUCUAGGAGGUUUCAAAGCUUUGCUGAUCGUUUUCCUCCAGCAUUGUUAUUCCUCCUAACAACUCUUGAAGCUUCUUAGGCAGCUCUUUGGUCCUCAUAACAGCAGGACUGAUCUGAUCUGACCUUUUCCGUCGUGAGACCUUCCAAAGUCAGAGUGGACACAGUUGGAUUUGAACUGAAUGCAGGUAUAUCUUCUUUAACAUCUUUAGUGUGAGUGCUCAAGAAAAUUCUGAUCUAGACUGUUAGAAGGGAGUGGGGUGUAAAUACUUAUUAAUUAAGCAGGUUUUUUUAAAAUAAUUCUGGAGAACCUUCAAAUAAUGUAUUCAAUUUUAUUUAUGUAAAGAGUCACUUCAAAAGAGGCAGUAAAAAAUCGCAUAUACUUAAACUUGAAAAAGAGAACUAAUCACUAGGGGGUGAAUACUUACUGGAGACGCUGUAAAAGAGGGAAUGUAAUGCAGGAUAACUCACAGAAUCUGGACAAAAAAUGUACCCCAAGAUUUUAAUACUUUGCAAGAUAUUCAGGCCAAGUGCUAACAAGUGUUCAUACUUUCAACCUAUUACUUCUCUCUGCUGAUUUAUUUGAAAUCAUAUAUGUAGAUAUGUUGACUUUGUAAUAAAAACAGAAAGACUGGAUACACACU